AUCUCUCUCUUCAAACUCAAUCAAUAAUCCUUAAAACACUAAAGAAAAUACCAAUGGCUUCAAAGAACUCAACCUCUCUUGCUCUUUUCUUUGCCCUCAACAUCCUUUUUUUCACCUUAACCACUGCUACUGAUUGUCGAUGCAACCUAAGUCCUAAGCCUAGGACGGUCCCAAGUCCAAAGGUCCCGAGUCCUAAGUACCCAAGUCCUUCGAUUCCAAGUCCUUCGGUCCCAACUCCUUCAGUCCCAACUCCUUCAGUUCCAACUCCUUCGGUACCAAGUCCUAACCCUACGCCUGUCACUCCUCCGAGAACCCCUGGUUCAUCCGGAAACUGUCCUAUCGAUGCUCUCAGACUCGGUGUGUGUGCGAAUGUCCUAAGUGGUCUACUUAACGUGCAGUUGGGACAGCCAUCAGCUCAACCAUGCUGCUCGCUCAUCCAAGGUUUGGUUGACCUUGACGCUGCGAUUUGUCUCUGCACUGCCCUUAGGGCUAACGUUCUUGGCAUCAACCUUAACGUUCCUAUAUCUCUCAGUGUUCUUCUCAACGUUUGCAACAGAAGGCUUCCGUCUGAUUUCCAAUGUGCUUAAGCGGUAUCAGCGGCUAUCCAUACUCUUCAUGCGCGCAGUGUUCUCUUUAAAAUCAUUACUGUUUGAAUAAAUGCAUGAAUGGUAGGUUUUAAUGUUUCAGUUUGAAUUUGUUUAAGUGAUAGAAUAAACAUGUGAGAGUUUUAUAGUUUCAUUUUGUAAACGUUUCCCGUCUUCGCCAUUUGUAUACCUGUGAAGCAAUAUAUUUCUCUAUUUUCAACCUAUUUACCGAAAGAAGUUUUGUAAGCAACGUCUUAUUUUCAGAUUCUUGCAUGUGGGUUAUUUCUAUUUUGACAUGCAUGCGAUGAAACGAAUGGAGGGUUAUGUUCGGAUUGUAUAUGAAUCGUGAUAAUGUGUAAAUGUUAGUUACAUUAAGCUCUAU